AUUCAGACAACUAAGACAAAUGGAAUCUGAUACUAUACAAAUCAUAUGUUCAAACCGUUCCCGAUUCUCUGUCAUGUGAACUUGUGGCUCUUUCCAAGCCAGAUGCAUUCUUAAAUGAGAAGCUCCAGUGCAACGCAACCGCCAUACGUCAGGUCCUCUAAUGAGUGGGGCCAGAUCGUUCUGUCCGAACCCGCAAUUCAUCACCUUCGCCCUCAUCAAAUCUUAUCAGGCAACGCAUCACAAUACGUCGAAGCCACGCUAGACUUCAGAGACCUGAAAGGCAGUCCUUCCAGGUGACAAAGACUUUUGUUCGUCAAAGUUCUACUUAGUACUAUCGUUUGAGUGUACAGCCAAGGAUCUUGAAAUUCCCCGUCAUCUCAUGUUCCGCCCCGCCCUGACCAGGAUAUCCGGCACCCACACCAUCAGAGCUUGUGUAUCGAAAAGACGGCUCGGCAUCAUGGACUACAGCACGAUCAAGACGCCGGAUCGGUGCUACGCUGACUUCUGCCUCAUUCCUGUCGGCACAGGAAGCGCCUCUGUGGCUGAGGAGGUAGCUGGGGUCCAGCGACUGCUGAAGGAAAGUGGGCUGCAGUAUACUAUGCAUUCCGCUGGUACUACCGUUGAGGGGUCUUGGGAUGAAGUGUUCAGAGUCAUUGGACAGGCACAUAGUCUGGUACAUCAGCACGGUGUGGUGAGAGUGCAAUCUAGUAUGAGGGUUGGCACAAGGACGGAUAAGAAACAAUCUGCUCAGGACAAGGUCAAGAGAGUUCAGGAUCUGCUUGCCAAGGAUGCCGCGUGAGGUACCUUGUACCAGGAGUAUUGGUGGUAUUCACUUGAGCAAUUUGGUCAGAAAAUAACAAUUCACUUGCCACAAUUUGUGCAAAUUCUCGUCCUUUGUUUAGACUCAUGUGUCAUUUUGCUUUGCCCCUAUAUCUGGUGUGUCUUCAUAUACAAGC